CUCUCUGCAAAUUUACCGAUGAAGGAGUUCGAUUACGACAAGCUUGUCACUGCCACAGAUCGAUUCUCUCCUUCGCAACUCAUCGGUCAUGCCCAGAAAAAACUCAUGGUCGUUGAGUACAUGCCAAACGGAUCGUUACACCAGUUAUUACACGUGUCAGCUGAUCCUCUUCCCACUUGGCUUAAACGCAUCGAAAUCGCUCUUCAGAUCGCGAGUGCGGUUCACUUCCUUCAUGAACAAGGUAUCAUCCACCGUGAUAUCAAAUCGGAAAACGUUUUGUUUGAUUCAAAUUGGGAAGCGAAGCUCGCUGACUUCGGACUCGCCGUUGAUUUGGGAGGUGAUAAGACGAGACCGGCGCCGGCGGGAACUAUUGGAUACUUAGAUCCGUGUUACACGUUACCGGAGAAUCUGAGUGUGAAGACUGAUGUUUAUAGUUACGGUGUCGUUUUGUUGGAGAUUGUUAGUUGUCGAAAAGCUAUCGAGGUCUCUUGUUCCCCGUCGUCGAUAGUGGACUGGGCGGUUCCGUUGAUUAAAGAAGGGAGGAUCGGAGAAAUCUGCGGCGGAGGAGGAGGAUCGGCUGUUUUCCGGGGAAUGAAUCUACGGUUGUUGCGUAUGGCGGCGAGAUGCGUUUCUUCCGACGUGGAAUCACGUCCGUGUUUCGGGGAGAUCACGGCGGAGAUAGUUGCGUGUUUGGCGGAACCGUUGAAGAGUUUGCCGUUAUGGAUUAGCGUUUUGCGUCGAGUUGUUAAACUGAAACGGCGGAAAAAACGGUUGAGAGAAACGCUGACGUGGCCGGGUCAAACUUGCCGCGUUUGGUGAGAUUUAUGAAAGCCGGGUCAAAUGUAGAGUCGGGUCGGGUUCAAAGGAUGGUUACAAAAACAAACAUCCAAAUCCAAG